UUAUCAACAAAGCAACCUGCGGUUCGACUGCAAGGUAGUGAGGUUAGAAAUUAAAAAAAUAAAAAUAAAUACGUGUCUCGGAAUUAACAGUCGUACAUCCGAACAAACAACAAAAUAAAAAAAAAACAUGCCAAACGUAAUUUUAAUAAUAGAGAUCUUUAAGGAAUGUGACAAUUGAGGUAGACCAGCUACAUGUAUCAUGCGUUGGGAUGGCUCUUGAGCUAUUAAUAUUGCACACAUGUGAUUCAUAAUAGGAGAUUGCAUUAGACCCAAUCCUUCCUCUUUUGUGUGUGUGUUUUAAAGGCAAAUCUCAUGAUCACGUCUCACAGCCACAAGCGACAGUGUAAUUCCGUCUUGUGUGUAGUCGUAGUAACAGUAGCAUUGCCGUAGACUUAACUGCGCUGCAUGGGAAUUGCAGUGAAGCUGACUAAAUCCGCAGAAUCCGCAGAAUCCGCGUCGCCUCGUUAUCUUAUUAUUUCUGAUCAAAGACACCGAAGAGCGCAAGAGAUGGCAUCUUUGAAUCUGGGACUGAAUUUAUCCCGAAGGAAGGGUGCAUCUAGGAACGCAGCUGUGGAAAGAAAAAACCUAAUCACUGUCUGCAGGUUUUCUGUCAAGACCCUCAUCGACCGCUCCUGUUUAGAUACCAUUGACGACUCCUCUCCCGAAUUACUAAAUUUUGUGUCUAUCUUGGAGCAAAUUCUGAGUCAUCGGCUGAAAGGGCAGAUCACUUGGUUUGGCUACGAAAGCCUUCGCAGUUUCUGGGACUACAUGCGAGUGGCCUGCAGCAAAGUGCCACACAACUGCAUCAGCAGCAUUGAGAGCAUGGAGAAUGUGGGCUCCUCCAGGGCAAAGGGUCGAGCAUGGAUCAGGGUUACACUAAUGGAAAAACGGCUUUCGGAAUACAUUUUAACAGCCCUGAGGGACUUCAAGACAACCAGGAGGUUUUAUGAAGAUGGAGCAAUUCUGCUGGGAGAGGAAGCAAACCUGCUCGCCGACAUGCUGAUUGGACUCAAUGCCAUCGAUUUUAGUUUUUGUCUGAAGGGUGAGGGCCUUAAUGGUAACUGCCCUGCUGUUAUAGACUACACACCCUAUCUGAAGUUCAUGCAAAGCUCUGACAGCAUCAGUAGUGACGAGGAGGAGCUGAGGACUCUGGGUAGCAGCGGGAGCGAGAGCAGCACCCCUGAGAACAAGGGGCCUCCUCUCAUCAUGGAUGAGAGCAGCUGGUACAACAAGUGUAAGAGAGUAGAACAGAAAUACAGACUGGCCUUGGAGCAAAAGGGUUACCUAGAAGAGCUGGUACGUCUCCGAGAAGCACAACUGUCUGAGUCUGUCUCUCAAAACAAAGCCCUUCUCCAGAGGUUGGAGGAUACAGAUGUGAAACACAAACUAGAAAAAGAACAACUUGAAUACAUUGUUCUGGAGCUGCAGGACCAGCUGACUGUGUUAAAGAACCAUGACCUGAGAUCACGACAGGAGCUAACAGCCCACCUAACCAAUCAGUGGCCUUCGCCUGGUGUCCUGGAUACAAAUGCUGUUGCCUUGGAUACGAUGCUCUACAGGAAGCACACUGGACAGUGGGAGGAAAAGAGUUUCCACAGUCUAGAACAGCUCUCCGCAGAUAUCAGCCUGUCUCAGAGCUCUUUGGAUCCUUCUCACUUACAGGACUCUGAUGGUAAACUGGAAGGUUCAAACUCACAAAGUGAAGGCAAGGAAGACACGCCUUCAUUGCUGGGUUUAUGUGGCUCUCUGACAUCUGUUGCUAGCUACAAGUCUCUAGCCAGCCUCAAGUCAAACGAAUGCCUUGCGAGCCCAACCACAGAAAUGACCAGCCCGGGCCUCACCCCCUCAUCAGAACACCUGCCUUCCUGAAGAUGCUCCAGACCAUAUAUUUUCUGGCAACAUUCCAUUACUCCACUUGCCAAAAAUAAAAAGACACAACCGGCUAAUUAAAAGCUUGGGAGAGACAUUGCUUUCUGUUUUAAACCUAGCGGUCUUUGGAGCCAAGACCAAAGUCCUAUUUGCUGCUUUUACUGAACUUGACCAGUCUUGGCAAAACCAUACAGGGUGGCUAUACGGCCAUUGAAAUGUUGCUGUGGGAUGAACAUUCAUCACAGAGCAAUACAGAUUUGCAGUCAAUGAUUAUAUAUCAUUUAAAUGCUAUCCCAAGGAUGGAAGCCUUCCUUCACUAUUGUGCAUUGAUUAAAGCACCCUUAGACCCAUGAUGGUAGUUUUAUAGGUCCAAUGUCUUGUUCCUGUCAGUUCACUUGCUCUGCUUUUGAAAACUCUCUCAAUAGCAGUAGCACAGAGUGACUUUUUAGCUACCUUGAACUUUAAUUGAAUGUAUUUAUUUAUACUAUAUCAAUUUUAAUUUAAAUAUAAGUUGUAUCUAAUUCAGAUCCCAGACCAGAACUAAAGCUUAGGCAGUGCCAUAUGUGUACUUUUAUAAUGAUUUAAGGCACUACCAUAAUUUGUAUUUAAUAAAGGCCUCAGUCAAGCUAUGAGUCUAAUUUCAAUUUCAAUUCUUUAUUGGUCAAUUCUAGCACCUUAGUAAGCCACUCGUUAUGUCCAGAACUUGUCCAUGUGUCUUCUUCAGGCACAUCCAUGCACUCCCAGCAACACUAAAACAACAUGGCAAAAAUAGACCAACAGUGUUACAGUUUUAAGUGGCAUGUUUGUAAAGCAUGCAAAAAAAAAAAGAAAGAAAAAAAAGCUUAUGCUGUUGUCUCUGCUAUUUUGGGGGUUGAUUCCUUUUUGGAUUUUUCCAACAUCAGAUCUCUGCAUUGGUUGGACCACCUUUUAAUAAUGUUGAACAUUUAAGCUCAAAACCUACCCAAUCAAACAUUUGUUAGUUUACAUUGAUUUCUGUUUUAAUUUGGAAAAGCAACACUUGUGUCUCUGCUAAAGCUGCUAGAUAAACAUACUGUUACCUAUAGUAUUCUUUAAUUUCAUACACCAGGGGUUAAAAUAUAUUUUAUGAUCACCUCACACUGGUGCAAGGAUUUCUUCACUGCUGCUAUCGCAAAUUUCCCUGCAGUACAUCUUGUUACCAUUAACAACGUUAACAUAAUGAUUGUCAAAAGUUGUUUUGUUUUAAGGCUUAGCCGCCUCACAAUCUAUAUUUAUAUUGUAGUUAUUUUGAAGUCAAUUUUGUACUUUUAUGUAAAUUCAAUAUUUAUUUGUUCUUUUUCAGCAGCUUUAUGAUUUCUGUGGUUUCUUGCUUCAUUCAGCUGUCCUAUGUGCUACUUGGUGCACACAUUCCACUUACCCUGUUUUCAAAUGUACAGAGUAGUUCUGUGUUUCAGAGCUCCCAUAUUAACUUCAUCUCUCAUUUUGUCUUGCUGGCUGCAAGCUAAAUCCAGCGUUUUUGUCCCAGGCAGGUUCUGAGUGGAUUUCUGGAGUUAGUCAUCAUUUACAAUGAGCUGCUCCUUGCCAUUUCACUAUUAAGUUUAUUACAAAUGUAUUUCUAUACCAUGCUUACAGCUCCAAUGUCUUUCAAUAGCAGAUGCUAUUUUGAUCUUGCAUGGUACUGUAAAUGGUGUUUCUUCUUGUCCCACAUUAGUGUUUAGAUUGUGUUCUGGAAUCUUCAGAUCUCAUGAAUGCAAUCCUGAACAUGUGGAUUUUGUCUUGAUAACCUGAUUGCUGACCUCCUGUAUGUGUGUUUGAAAAUAAAUUGCAUGCGCAAAAAAAAAAACUUUUUUCUAUCUGCAAACUUAAGAAUCUGAACUGCUUUUAACCCCUAUAUUAUAACAUGUAUUCCUAUCUACUGUAGGGACAAACCAGACUAGUUGAAAGUGUGGCUCCCUUAAGAUACAAUGGUUUCCUUUUAGUUUUUGUCUGAAGAUUUCAGCCCCUAUUGCACUUGCUUAAAAUGAAAGCGGUAUGGCUUCUUCUGCAGACAAAACAAGAACAUCACGUUUAAGAUCAUAAUAUUUAAAUCAAAUCUGAUGCAAAGUUGCACCUAAACUGUUCCCAAGAUAGAGCCUGGGAUAGCUCAGGAAAUCAGAUGUCAGCUUGUCACUGAGCUACAAGUUUAUUCAAUGAUUCAUGACAUUUGGGGAUAUGAAAUGGUGCCUCCAUCGCUAGGAAUGAAUGUCUAAAAUAUCGAACCUUUUGUAAAUGUCAAGGGCAUUCUAUUUGGUUUUGUUAUGUAAAAAUUGACAAAACAUAAGUUUGUGGAUUCUGAAUUCCCCUAGAAGAUUGGCCUGUGUCUCAUAUUAGUAAUCUGGAUUAUAAAAUCAGUACGUUUAUGGAUUGAGUAAAAUUCAAAACACAUUAAAAUUGCCUUUUAUUCACAACCAAAAAUACAUUAUACUAGUACAUGGGGUAUGGAAUUAUAAUGAAACACAAUAUGGCUUUUAAAACACCCACUUGUUAAUAUGUAUUCUUUUUUGAUGUUUGCAAUCAUUUUGUGUAUUGUUUUUUCAAGUACUGUAUUAGUUCUGUAUCAUUUAUAUGGAUGUGGUUUUGGUACACUUUUAUGAACGUUUAAAUGCUAUGGAGGUGUUAGCGUUUAAACCAUAGCUACAUACACACACACUCUUUAUAUUACAUUCUGAUGUAUACCGACAGCCCUGGUUAGUAUUUCCUAA